AUGUUGGAAGCCAAGCUCUCCGAGGCCGCCCUUCUCAAGCGUCUUCUCGACGCCGUCAAGGAACUCGUCUCAGACGCCAACUUUGAGUGUAAUGAGGAGGGCAUCCAACUCCAAGCCAUGGACAAUUCUCACGUCGCUCUCGUCUCCGUCAAGCUCUACGCGUCCGGAUUCAAGCGCUACCGCUGUGACCGCCCUCUCCCUCUAGGCGUCAACCUUGGUUCCCUCACAAAGGUCCUCAAGUGCGCAAAGGACGAUGAUAUCUGCACUCUCAAAGCCGGCGACGACGCUGAUAUCCUCUCUCUCACUUAUGAAGCAAAGAGCGCGUACGCCGAUCGCAUCGCCGAGUACGAGAUGAAGCUCAUGGACAUCGACGCUGACCAGCUUGGGAUCCCCGACACUGAUUACGACGCGUCCGUAACGAUGCCCUCGUCCGAAUUUUUGCGUAUCGUCCGUGACCUCUCCCUACUCGGCGAGUCCGUCCGAAUCGAAGUCUCCAAAGAGGGGAUCCGGUUCGUGAGCGACGGCGAGGCCGCCAACGGGAAUAUCCUCAUCAAGCAAAACGCGGAGGCGUCGGGCAAGAAGAAGGGCUCGAUUGAGAUGAAUUCAGCAGUCACGCUCACAUUCUCGCUCAAGUACCUUGUCAACUUCUCCAAAAGCUCGAGCUUGUCGAAAAAGGUCCAGCUCAUGAUGUCCAACGAUGUCCCACUCCUUGUCUCGUAUGCGUUCAACCAGGGUCAUAUCCGGUACUACCUCGCACCCAAGAUCGGUGAUGACUAG